GUCGUUCACCACCAGAUCCAAAGGGGAACGACACUCGAGCAUACGAGACGAUCGACUCCUCCCCUCUCUCUCUCUCUUCACGACCACCUUCCACACCUACCCUACUCGAAUCAAAUAUAAGACCAGACUCUUUCCAAUAUGAACCACCACCCGUCCGCAUGGGGUCAAGUCUUAACCCCUCAACAAUCAUUCGACAUGUACAACUCGCACGGUCACGGUCACUUCUACUCGAGAUCGUCAUCAGGGGAAUAUGGGUAUGGGUAUGACGUGGGUCAGGCAGGGAGAGAUUUCCUCAACGGUGGGAUGGGUGGUGAGAAACAGGUUACUCAACAACCGCUCGUCACCGGGACAUCCGUCUUAGGGCUCAAAUACGCCGAUGGGAUCAUGCUCGCCGCUGACAACCUGGCCUCUUACGGCUCCCUAGCCCGGUUCAAAGAUAUCCAGCGUCUAUACCCUCUUUAUUCGUCUUCGGCGGCUCAUCCGGGUCAGACCAGCCAGUCGACUGCGGGUGCGGGGGUCUUAUCCGAGUCCGCUCCUAACCCCUCAAACUCGGCCAAGACCGAGAGCGAGGUCAUGGCCGACAAGGAGAGCAAAGAGAAGGACCCCAAGGACGAGAAGAAGGACGAGAAGAAGGCCCAAUCGAGGUCGAGUCAUACGUGUUUGGCGGUGGCCGGGGACAUGUCGGAUUUCCAGUACUUGAAGAAGAUCUUGGAGGGGGUCGUCACCAAAGAACGCGCCCAAUCCACCACCGACGCCCACCCGGCCCUGGCCCCCGAACAGAUCUACGAAUACUUGAGCAACGUAAUGUACGCGAGGAGGAGCAAGAUGAACCCGCUUUGGAACGCUAUCGUUCUGGGUGGGGUCAAGGACGGCAAGAGUUUCCUCGGAUACAUAGAUCUCCUGGGGACGACUUAUCAAGCGCCGACCUUGGCUACUGGGUUCGCCUCUCAUUUCGCCCAGCCUCUGUUGAGGGAAGCUUACGAGGAACGGGAAGCCGCCGGGAAGCGGGGGGAAAAGGAAGGGUUGUUGUUGUCACGCGAAGAAGCCGAGGCGGUGCUGGACAACUGUAUGAAGGUCUUGUUCUACCGGGACGCGAGGAGUCUGAACAAGUACCAAAUCGCCACCAUCACCGAUGCUGGGAUCGAUAUCUCUGCCAGUCGGGAGAACCAAACCGAGUGGAAGUUUGCCGAGGGACUCCGGGGGUACGGGCCUCAGAAGCAGUAGAAGGUAGAAGGCAGACGGGCGAGGUGUGGUGUGGUUUACGAUGUCUGUAUGAUUGUCUCACGAUCGAUCGAAUGUUUUAUGGAAGUGC